AUUGAAAGAGCGAGAGAGCAAUUGAUCCAAAGGAAAGGGUUUGGUUUCUUCUCGAUCCCUCGUUCUGUCGCUCUCUCGCUCGUUCGCCGUCGUCUCGCCUCUCAUCGAGCCGAUCUUCCCCGCCCCAAUCUGUUGUGCUAAGCCGCCCUCAACAACGUAAUCUUCCUCCUCUCCGGUAGACCAUGAGUGACGACGGAGAAAGGACUUGCCCUUUGUGCGCGGAGGAAAUGGACCUGACCGACCAGCAGCUGAAGCCCUGCCAUUGUGGAUACGAGAUUUGUAUUUGGUGCUGGCAUCACAUAAUUGAAAUGGCUGAAAAGGAUGACACAGAAGCCCGAUGUCCAGCAUGUCGUACACCUUAUGACAAGGAUAGAGUCCUGAAAGUAGCUGCUGCUACUUCUGAGAGGAUAAUAGCUGAGGUUUACUCUGAGAAAAAGCAAAGGUCUCACAAAACAAAGGCAAAGAUUUCUGCAGAAGUUAUGAAACACCUUAGCGAUGUUAGAGUAAUGCAAAAAAAUCUUGUAUACGUAACAGGAUUACCAGGAAACUUAUGUGAUGAAAAUAUUCUCGAACGCAAGGAAUACUUCGGACAGUAUGGUAAAGUUUUAAAGGUUUCAAUUUCACGUCCAGCUGGCACCGCUCCUCAAAAAACAUUUGGCGUGUAUAUCACAUAUGCGAAAGAGGAAGAAGCAGUUCAAUGCAUACAAGCAGCACACAAUUAUGUUUUAGAAGGUAAAACCUUGAGAGCAUGCUUUGGUACCACAAAAUAUUGCCGUGCAUGGUUGAGGAACUUGACCUGCAGCAAUCCCGAUUGUCUGUAUUUGCAUGACGUAGGGAGCCAAGAGGAUAGCUUUACAAAAGAUGAGACAAUUUCAGCAUAUACUAGGAGUAGGGUUCCACAAACUGCUUUGAACAAUUCACAGCGACGGUCUGGAAAUUUGUUGCCUCCUCCAGUGGACGAUGUCAGUAUUAAUGGAACAGGCUCGGACAAGCAUCCAGUCAAAGGUUCCUCUAAUGUAUUCAUGCAUAAUGCUCCCUGCCAGGUCAAAGGUUCUCCUCCCAAUAGUAGUCUUGGAAAAUUCAAUGCUUUACCAGCAGCUGCUUCAUGGGGUCUUCGUGGUUUGAAUUGUCGAAUAACUUCAAAUGCGCAAUGUUCUCAAACUUUUGCCAGACAAAACGUAGAGACUAGCAAAAGUUCUACUUUGCCUUCUCCACUGAUGAAAAGUCCAAUUCAACCUUCAGAAAAUCUUGAUGAAGUGAUUACAACUUCAAAGGUACCUGAAAGAAAUGUAGCUGAUGCCGUAUUAUCACCAUCAGAGAAAUUACAACUUGAUAACUGGCUAGAUUCAAGACUGUCUAAAUCGUUGGCUGCAGUUUUUGAAAGUGAUUAUCCUUUAGUAUCUGCAUGGGAUGAUGAUACCAUUAUCACACCGAAGCCCAAGGAAGACAGGGAAGAUUUGGAUGACAGAUCCAUUGGUCUGGAUUCUAUAAACUUGAACACUGGCCGACAGCAACCUACAUCUUUAUCACAUUUGCCAACCCAGGUUGUCCUGGAGACAACAGAUGUUUCCCAGGUUUCUUCAAGUUGCUUAUCAAGCCCUCUUGUUGAACCACUCGAAGAUAAGGAAAACAUCAUAAAUUUAAGCAGUGGUGAGAUGAUGCUGAGAAAUAGCACUAUGCUUAAAUGUAAUGUUAGACAGCUUAGCAAUUCUGAUCCUGUUGUAGUUGAGCAUGAUUCAGCUAUCAUCAAUGGUGAUGUACAUAGCUUGGUCUUAGGAUCUUCGUCUGUUAAUUUGGAUAGCUCGGAUAGCUCGACAAUGAAACAGAUAAAUAUUGGUCAACAUCAGACCUUAGCCUCUAAUCUCUCUUCAGUUGUUUUGACCCGGAGUCGAGAUUUUAAUUCAGAGCCUGUAGCCUUGAGCAUGGGUGAGUCAUCGGAUUGGAGCAAUGAUCCCCAAGGGCAACAGUUGAUAUCUGCGAUGAAUGAGAUGGAUAAUCCAUUGAAAGAGCAGAACCACUCUUUGCAUUCUUUAAAUAACCAGGAUAAUAAUACAAGCCAUUUAAGUUCUACUUCCUUGUGGAAUGGACUUGGCAAUAAGCAAGGACCAGGUGGUGAGAGUUCUGUGGAUAUUGAUACCAAUUGUUCCUUGGGAGAAAAAGAUUCUGCUGUACAUAAUGGAGCCCAAAUAGUCGAUGUAUGCAUAAACUCCUUGAGCAGGAAUGAUUCAGGGAGUUCCGAGUUCAACUUCAUCAAAGAGAGUGUGCGACCUCUAGGUAGGAGUGCUACAACUAACACUGUCAAGGAUGCCUUUGUAGAUAAAACAGGAGAGAGCAGCAUCAUAUCAGAUAUUUUGUCAUUAGACUUUGAUCCAUGGGACGAAUCAGUAUCCCCUGCUAACUCUUUGGCUAAGUUGUUGGGUGAAACAAAAAAGCAAGAUGGAUCAUUUAGCUUAUCCAGUUCAUCAAGAAGUGCAACCAAUAAUCAGUCUAGAUUUUCUUUUGCCAGGCAAGAAAAUCAAUCAAGUCUUCUAGAAACUCCCAUUGGAGAAUCUAAUUAUGUGCAGAAACUUUGUUCCUCAUCACAGAACUCGUACCAAGAUAGUUUUUACAGUGAUUUUCAAGUCAACGAUUAUGCAGGCCCUUCCAUUGACCAAAAUUUUGAUGAUUCUAAUAGGAGUGGUGUUUCAAGGGCCAAGAUUGCUGUUCCACCUGGAUUCUCUGCUCCAAGCAGAGCACCUCCUCCAGGGUUUUCUUCUCAAACCAGAUUUAACCAGACUUAUGAUGGUGCCUACUCAGGUGAAAAUCAUUAUCAAUCGCAUUCAGUUAGUCAUUCUGGUGAUGUGGAGUUUAUAGAUCCUGCAAUAUUGGCUGUUGGCAAGAGCCGGAUAACUGUUGAACCAAAUAACUCAACAUUGGGAUUGAAGUCAUCAUUUCCUGCACAAUUUGUCACUUCUGAUAAUGACCCAAGGUUUCACCUACUGUCACAGCAGAUGAUUUCUUCUCAUCAAAACAUGAGGAUACCAGAUAUGGAAGAAACAUUCUGGCCACUAAAUGAUGCUUUUGCUGCAUCUAGACUUUUAGCACAAAGUCAUACAAGGUUUUCUCCUCUUGCACAGUUGUCGCACCAGCAACCAAGAAAUCCACUUUACUCAAAUAGCCAUUGGGAUUCCUGGAAUAAUUUGCAUACUGUUGCUGACAUGGGCAUGGGGGAGGUCUUCAGGAAUGAAAGAAUUGGGCUCAAUGACUACUACAAAAGCACUCCUGAAAACAAGUUCCACAUGCCAAGUGCAAGUGAUCUAUACAGCCGAGCAUUUGGGAUGUGAACCGUGUAACUCAGAUCUUGACCACCUGAUUACGUAAAUGCCUCUAUCUGUGGGUAGUAAAAUUGGUUCUUGGAGCAGAUGUGAUUGUUGACAUGCCAUGAUGAAAAAAUAAAAAACAACAGAGCUUGGUAUGGUGUCUUUCAUUAUCAGGAAGGCCUUAGGUUUUGCCAUGAUUUUACGAUCCAGUUCUCAAAUCUCAAGCAUAGAUUCAUCACAGAAGGUUCCCUAUUUUGACAUUUAUUUUGUUUGCUCGGUCAUGGUGCGUAGGGUGGGAUUGUUGACAUAUUUUUGUAAAUCUGAAAGAUUGAAAAAUACAUGUAAUGCUGAUUUUGUAUUGGAGUGUACUAUUUAUCAGCCAAA